CACUCCACAUGACACUCAUAUAAUAACCCCUCCUCUCUCUGUUCCGAUUGCAUCUCUUUCCAACAGAUUCUCAAGCAAGAAAAUAUGUAUUUACUUUUCUUUUCCUCUCUUGAUGAUACAAGUUGAACAUUAUGAGAAGAAAAAGGAGGGAUAUUUGAAGUUGAAAAAGAAGAUUAUAUUACAAAUCUUUGUUGGGUCGUUUUCUGGUUUUGUUUUGUGAUAUGAGUUGUUGUGGAUUGGGUUGUUCUUCAAAAGGAUCUGUUCUAAGCUUCUGGGUUUUGCUUUCAAGUCUUCAAAGAGAGGGGAAAUGUCUGCAAGUAACGAAAUCAACCUCAAUGAGAGCAAGAUGGUGGUUCCACUGAAUACAUGGGUCCUCAUCUCCAGUUUUAAGUUGGCUUACAAUCUUCUUCGUCGACCGGACGGCACUUUCAAUCGUCACUUGGCGGAGUUCCUUGAUCGGAGAGUCCCUGCUAAUGUGAAUCCAGUUGGUGGGGUUUUCUCAUUCGAUGUCCUCAUCGAUCGAGCCACCGGGCUCCUGAGUCGGGUUUAUAGACCAGCUAUUGGUGAAGAGCCUCAGCCGAAUUUUUUUGAUCUUGAGAGGCCUGUUACGGCUGAGGUUGUCCCAGUUAUAAUUUUCUUUCACGGUGGAAGCUUCGCGCAUUCCUCGGCGAAUAGUGCUAUAUACGACCAUCUGUGUCGGAUAUUGGUUGGUACCUGUAAGGCCGUUGUGGUCUCGGUGAAUUAUCGGCGUGCUCCUGAGAAUAGAUAUCCAUGUGCUUAUGAUGAUGGAUGGACUGCUCUUAAAUGGGUUAACUCUAGAUCAUGGCUUAAAAGUCGGAAAGAUUCGAAGGUUCAUGUAUAUCUGGCCGGGGAUAGCUCCGGUGGUAACAUUGCUCACCAUGUUGCUCUGCGAGCCGUUGAAUCGGGAAUCGAUAUAUUGGGAAACAUUUUGCUCAAUCCGAUGUUUGGUGGUCAAGAAAGAACUGAAUCUGAAAAGCGUUUAGAUGGGAAAUACUUUGUUACCCUACGAGACAGGGAUUGGUAUUGGAAAGCUUUCCUCCCUGAUGGCACAGACCGGGACCAUCCUGCAUGUAAUCCGUUUGGUCCUAAAGGUAGAAGUCUCGAAGGAAUCCAAUUUCCGAAGAGUCUCGUGGUGGUUGCGGGCUUGGAUCUUAUUCAGGAUUGGCAAUUGGCUUAUGUCGAAGGGCUCAAAAAGGCUGACCAAGAGGUUAAACUUCUAUACAUGGAACAAGCUACAAUCGGUUUCUACUUGUUGCCAAAUAACGAUCAUUUCCAUGUCGUUAUGGAUGAGAUAAGUAAAUUCGUUAGUUCCGACUGUUAACGAAUUAACAUUACCUUCAGGCAGCAAUACAUGAAUGACCGGAGCUCGAAGUUCCACUUUGGGCCAUUAAGAAAGUUUGCAGUUUCCGAUUAUAUGGUACUACUGAUCACUAUCCAUAUUAAUCAACGUGUUUUUGGUCUGCCUUUUCCUUAUAUGGUGAAGAAGAGGUAUAUUUCAGCAUGUAGCUGGAUUGCUAGUUGUUCCUGUCUGCAUUUCGGUGAAGUUCACUGCAAUUAGAGCCUUUGACUACGUUUGCCAGACCACUGGGUUUACGUGUUAUCAACUCCGAAGUCUUGCCCCGAAGGAGAAGACCGGGACAUAUAUGGAUAACAUUCUGUACCGGAUCAAGGGAUCGGUACCCGAUUAUUGUUAUGUAUGCUAAUUCUAGAACAUGGAUUAAAAAAGUUCCAUGAUGUUGUGACCCUGUAUGUCUAUACAUAUAAUGUGUUAAAAGUAUAUAAAUAGAUGUUUGCUUAAA